AAAACAAACAAUUGCUGUCAAAAUUCCACAACAAAGCACACGUGCAUGACCCGCGUAGCUGUGCCUCCCGUUGUGGUUCCCAUAGCAAAACGUGUACUAGUGCUUAAAACGCAAAAAUGCCCGACAAAAUAAAGUUUGGCGAUGUGGGCAGUGAUUACGAGCCAACUGCUUCCGAAGAUGAGUACAGUGAAGGGGAGAAGGAGUUGCUAAACAACGUACGACAGCGUAACCGCCGCAGCGAGUACGAUGAGGACGACGACGUGCAGCAUCAAGCCGUUCUGGGGUUCGACGACGACGAGGAUGACUACGACAACGCUGAGUACGAGGACGAAGAAGACGAGGAGCCGGAUUUUGAUGAAAUUCGUAAAUUUGAACACGACAGCGAUAUCGACGACAAAGGCGAGGAGGACGAUCUUCCCGAUCGGUAUGCGUGGGGUAAGAAGGCCGGCGCGUACUAUGGCACCGGUUACAAAGACCGGGACUACGAUACGCUUACCGCCCAGGAGGAAGAGAUGGCACGGAUGGAGGAGGAGGAAGCGAUGGAAAUGCAGAAGCGGCUCAUCAAGGGCAUGACCGAUGAGGAUUUUGCGCUGGACGAUUUACUGUCCGAUGAUGAUGCGAAGGAGGCGGCAGCAGCAGCAGCAGCAAAGGAUGUGGACGUACUGACGGAGAAGUCGGUAAAGAAACGCGCUCCAUUUAGCAGCGAAGAAGUAAUAGUUAUCAAGGGAGAUUUGUCGGAUCUGAGCGAAAGCCAGCGGUUGGAGCUGUUUCGCAAAGAAUCGCCAGAGUUCGAUGGACUGGUCAAGGAAGGUGUGGCCAAGCUGAGCGAGUGUGCCGACGUGCUGGAACCCGUUUUGGAGCUGCUGAAAAAGCACAACAAGCUGUCGCACCCACUCGGCCAGCUGUUGGUAAAGCGGUACGAGCUGCACAUGCUUUACUGUAGCAAUAUUAGCUUCUACGUACUGCUGAAAUCGCAAAGGGUGGAUAUUCGCAAACAUCCGCUUGUGAAGCGAUUGCUACAGCUGAAGCGGUUAGUACAGGAGAUGGAGCAGAAGUACGAACAAACGGCAAAGGCACAGGUUGAAGCACUGUUGGAAGCACACGCGGAAGGACUAGAAAUUACAUUCGAUGAUGAGUUGGACGGUGGAGCGUUGAAAUCCAAGAAGGCACACCGCUUGCGAGUGCUUGACGAGUUGGAGCGAAUGGAUUCAGGAACGGAAGACGACCUGGAAGAUGCCGGAGAGGAGGAAGGAAGCGAUGCUGAAGAAUAUUCGGCGAAGCGUAGGAAAUUGGACCACGUUGAGGAGGAGCAGGACGUCGAGGAGGCGGAGGAACAGAUGGAGGACGAGGAAGAGUUUGACGUUGAUGGGAAGCGCAAAAUCACCUACCAGAUGGCAAAGAACAAGGGUCUAUCGGUACGCAAGCGUAAGGAUCAGCGUAACAUUCGCGUGAAGAAUAAGCUGAAGUACCGCAAGGCAAUCAUUCGACGAAAGGGCGCCGUGCGAACCGUUCGCACCGAAAGCAAACGGUACUCGGGCGAGAGUAGCAUCAAACCGUACGUUAAGAGAGGAAUUAAGCUUAAGUGAGUUCCCCGUGACACAGCACAGCAGUCUUCUGAUCCAUGACCCGUGGAUGGGCAAGGGGCUGUUGUUCACAAGCAGAUUUAUUUCCAAACACUUGGUACGUCUGGUGUGCGUGACGGCGCACGUGUUACAUUUAAGGAAAAGUAAUUAAAAUGUUUCAUUACAAAAAAAGCGGGAAAA